GGCGCCGUCGACCCGUUCUUCGCGCGCCACAUCGCCGCCUGGGCCGCCACGUCCUACCUCGGCGGCACCCGCCGCGACCCGCGCAGCGGCAUGACCCCCAUCAUCAGCAGCCACGUGCGCAAGCUCGGCGACCUGUUCACGCUCCCGCCCAGCCUGCUCCGCGUCGCAGACUGGAAGGCCCGCGCCUCGGGGGACCCCCAACUUCACGUGGACGAGGCCCUCAACGAUCAGCGCGUGCUGCAGGACCUGCUCGACGACGAGUUCAAGCGCCAGCACGACGCCGCGGAGGUGGACGCCGCCGCGGUGGACAACCUGGACGGCGCCCUGGACCUUACUCUGGGCCACAACGCGGACCGCACGGCGCCCCCAGAUGCAUUACCGGACCUCCCGCCGAUUAGCUCCGGGUACGUGUACACGGUCGCGGCGUCCGCUGCGGCGCCGGCGGAGGAGGUUCUGGAGGACUGGUGGUUCGAGCGCUGCGAGGCGGGGGACCGGCCGCCAGAGCGCGCGGCGCCGCUCGGGGAAAGCGAGCUGGAUGUGUCGACGAUCGUGGGGGAGGAGCUGCUGUCGCCGGAGCUGCUGCGGAGCAGCGAGAGCAAUACGUCUGUGUCUCUGUUUCGGGAAGAGGCGGAGCCAGUGGCGGCGCGAAUGGAGGGUGCUGUGGAUGCGGAUGCGGAGGCGGAGGCGGAAGAGAAGCUCAGGACCAGAAGGCUCAAGGCGCGCGAGAGGAGGGAGAAGAAUCGGCUGUGCGCGCAGAGAUCUAAUCGCAGGGCAAAGGCCGUUCGCGAUGGGCUCAAGGCGGAUUUGAGAUCGUGUAGGGAGAAGCUCGAGGUGCUGCGGGCUAAGGAAAUGGCGUUGAGGCAAAUGAAUCUCGAGUUAAGACGGUCUUUUGCGGAGCCACUGGCAAACAGGAAGGACGUCUCUUCAAGCUAUGUCCAGGUGCGAAAUGAACUAAUCAAAAGGUCUGCAGUGUUCAAGGCUUGGACCUCCACCUUUCACUGUCAAUUAUAUUGCGAAGCUGGAGAACAAGGCAGGUGUGUGUAG